AUGAAUUAUAAAGUGGAAUCAGCUGAUGAAUACUUAAGAAGAAAUAGAAUUAUGGAAUUAUUUGAAGAUCUUUGCACUAAGGCCAGUUAUAUAUAACCUGAGAAUUUAGAAGAGUUUUUUGUUGAAGACUUGAGGAUUAAAUAAAAAUAAGGGUAUCAAUAAAAAUAUAACGAUUGUUUAGAUUCAUCACUCCAAUCUUUACAAAGAUAGAAAUUUAAAAUAUUUUUGAAUUAUUUGAUUUAAAACGUGAUGGAUAUAUUACAUAAGAGAAUUGUAGAAAGGCAUUAUUAACAAUUGCAUCAUCUCAAAAAUAAUAAGAAGUUAUUGAAGCCACUCAAGUAUAUAAUUAACAUAAUUUACUAUAGGUAAUCGAUGAAAAAGUAGAUAUUAAUAGAUUUUAAAGAUUAGUUGAAUAAUUCUUAGGAUGAA